CUUCAGUCGCUGCUCAUUCAGCCAUCCACUCGUACUCGCACUGCGCUCGCUGGCUGAGCCUGGUGAGUCGCUGACGUCGCCGGACGGCGCAGACACAAGCGAGAGAUCACAAAGGGGAAGCCAAGGCAGACAGGAACGGCAAAUAACUCUGAAUGCACUGAGCAUAGAAGCUAGCUUGACCAGCACGCAGGACGCUUGCUUGUCCGUCUGACGCUCACGCAAAGGCAUGCAAUCAUCGAGUGCGACAAGUUUGAACGAUCUGAGCUCGUCGUCAGACCUGACAUCGCCUCGCCUCCUUUCACAUACCAACAAGAUCUGCUUGGACAGCCCACCCAAGCGACCUAGCCGAGCGAACUCACGCACCGUCAGUACUGAUUCCGCCGUCAGUCUCGUCGGCGGAGUGACACGCUCCCGGUCACUCUCCAGACGAUCACAGAGCUCGAACAGCAACAAGAUCCAAAUCCCUCCCCUCGAUCCUGCAGACCUGCAAAAGUUACGCAGAGUGCCGUCUUCGAUACUCCUAUCCGAUACCAGUCUGCCCACCACGUCGACAAGCGCUGCACGAGACGGUUGGCAGAACGCCACGACGCGUGAAGCCAUCAAGGGCAAAGUCGCAAAGGGUCAGCGUCAAUUUGAAGGCGCGACUCCUCCUGCUCUGCCACAUCGAUCGCGUCAAGCUCGUCGCAGGAGCUCGACGAGCAGUUCAAUCUCGACCAGCUCGAUCGCCUCAUUGGAUUCGGCGCGUACAGACGAGGACGAAUCUGCAGAGUUAUUCGGCUCCGAUCUCGUCUCUCGCGCCAGCUCGACGACGACCGCACCACCUUUCACGCCCCUAGACGCAAACUUCAAUAUCUCUCCCACACUCACCACGUCGAGCUCGUCAGCUUGCCUUACGGAAGCGACGCCUAGACCAUCACAUAGUGCGAGAAUGGCUUCGCCUACUGAGCGCCGAUCGAUGGAAACGCUCAACAGUUCAGUCACACAUGAAGACGAUUUUGAAGAUGCUUCUGCCCUCUCGCCACUUCCCUCUUCCCGAACAUCUUUCGUUGACACACCGGCUACAGCUCACUUAACGGAGGAAUUGUCGACGGCCAAACCUGCAGAACCUGCAGCAACGACUGUAGCGGCAGCUGAAGAAGGCUCGAGCGAGGAGGUGAAGAAUCGCGACAGCGCUCAUCAAUUGCCUGUCAUUCCUCAUCAUGCCAGCGGGCUGGCAUCGUCAGUCUCUGCCUCAACUGACGAUGCAUCUGGCCAGAAAGACGGACUAGCUACAGACCCACUGCAUGUCAAACAAGCAGAUGUAAGGAGACAAAGCACCGAUUCUGCGCCGCCAAUCGCCGCGGACACACUGCAUUCGCUCCCCAAUGGUAUUGCUGACGCAGCGCUAGCACACCAGGCUUUCGACCUCGCAGAGCCCGAAACGCCCUCAGAUGCCGUGCCCACAACGAGCUUUUCAACCGAACCCAUGACAGCAGUCUCUCUGAGCUCUAUCAGUGUAGGCGAGUCCGCCAGGCCCGUCAGUAUAGAGACAGUGCUCGUCAGGCCAACGCAGUCAGACGCAGAAUCGACACCUGUCGGUCUAUCCGAGGUGAAGCUCAGCAGGCGAGAAACCGUGAGAAGUUCGAUCGACACAACUGCAGCGACUCAAGCGACCUUUGACGAGCUGUCGCCUACCCAACGAGAAGAAUUGGAGACGCCAGGCACGACGUAUGACUUUCUCAUCCAGCGAUUAGAGUCGCAGAAUGCUUUGCUCGAUCAGGAUCCCAAGGCAAAACACCAGACUGUCUUCCCGCCGGAAGAGAUCAAAGAGAAGCUUGCAAAGGCUCACGUCGAGGCGAUACCGAGGGGCGAGGAAGUGCACAUUGAUUGGGAUUUCUGGGGCGCCGUCACCUCGGACUAUGAAUCGGUUGCGCGCAAUCAGCCUCGGGAGCUGUCCAAGGCGAUACAACGAGGCAUUCCACCUGCUCUUCGAGGACUUCUAUGGCAGCUCAUGUCUGCUUCGAAGGAUCCCGAGCUGGAGCGCGCUUAUGCUCACUACCUACGGCAAACAUCAACGCACGAAAAGGCAAUCAUGCGAGAUCUCAAUCGAACCUUUCCUCAGCACGAGUACUUCAAAGACGUCGAUGGCGUCGGGCAAGAGAAUCUGUUCAAUGUCGUCAAAGCGUACAGUCUGUACGACGAGGAAGUCGGGUACUGUCAAGGCCUACCCUUUGUCGUUGGCCCUCUACUGCUACAGAUGCCAGACGAAGAAGCAUUCUGCGUUCUCGUCCGACUGAUGAAGUCCUAUGAUCUACGAUCACACUUUACGCCCAACAUGCCCGGUCUGCAAUUGCGAUUGUUCCAAUUCGACCGUUUACUGGAAGAACUGCUGCCCACAGUGUUUAUGCAUCUGCUUCGGCAAGGCGUCAAGUCGAGCAUGUACGCCUCGCAAUGGUUCCUGACGCUCUUCGGCUACCGUUUUCCGCUCGAGCUCGUCUCUUCCGUCAUGGAUCUCGUAUUUGCGGAAGGUGUCGAAGCCAUCUUCCGCUUCGCCGUCGCGCUUAUGAAGAAGAACGAGGAAAAGUUGCUCAAGCUUGACUUUGAAAGGCUCCUCGACUUCCUCAAGGCGGAUCUCUUCGAGAGCUAUUUGGAUCCCAAGAUGAUCGACAAUCAUGAGCAUGAUGCCAUCAGGUAUAGAGCAUACGAAUUUGUUCGCGAGGCGCUACAGAUCAAGAUCACGCCUCAUCUGCUCGACACUUUUGCAUCCGAAUGGGAAGCGCAGUUGCGACAACAGAAUGCUCAUUCUAUCGAAGUCGAGCAGCUGCGAGCUAUCAAUGGCAAGCUAUCGAACCAGGUCAGGAAGCUCGAAGCAAGUCUGGCGCAGAUCAACGAGGAACAUUGCGAACUCGUCAAGGAGCUCGUGAUGGCCAAGCUGGGUCGCGAAGAGGUAGAAGAGGUACGCCCUCUUGUCGAGCUGCUCAAAGCCGCGAGUCUGACCUGCGUUUUUUCGGCAGGAAUUGGUGCGUAUCAAGUUGCUUUACGCCGAGGCGGUACACGCGCAAGCCGAGGCGAUGGUGCACACUCGUUCUGGUUAGAUCAGUGAAUUGUUGUCGUGCUGCAUAGUCUUUCAUAGAGGACCUCUAAACUUGUGAUCGUUCGGCAGCUGCCCGAUGAGCGAGCUGGCGUUGCUCAAAGUGCGCAAGUUCCGCUUGCCGAGCGCCAGCAGGGCUUUCGCCUUUUCCAUGUCUGACUCGUCUCUAUGUCGAUCGAAAUCAUGUCUGACCCAUUGGACUGCCUCUAUGCGAGCUUGCCUAUCCCCUAAGCCUCGGGUCGAACGAAUGUAGGCUCUAUACAGCGAUAGAACCUUGCCCCGGUUGAGGAACUAUGCAAUCUCGUCAGUCUCGCAACAGAGCAGCUGUCAGCGUUCAUACAUAAUCAAGUGACCGGAAGGGCGCUGUCGGACGGACCUGACGAGCACGCAAGAUGAGUGCAAUGUGCAUUGGCCAGCUAUGCACUUGA